AGCUGAAAACCAGACUUCACCAACUGAAGAAGAGAGAGAGAGAGAGAAGCAAAGCAGAGAUGACGAAGGAACUGAGCGAAGAGGCGGCGGCGCACCACCACCACGGCAAGGACUACGAGGACCCUCCCCCCGCGCCGCUCCUCGACUUCGGCGAGCUCAAGCUCUGGUCCUUCUACCGCGCCUUAAUCGCCGAGUUCAUCGCCACCCUCCUCUUCCUCUACGUCACCGUCGCCACCGUCAUCGGCCACAAGAAGCUCAGCACCGCCGACCACUGCGACGGCGUCGGCAUCCUCGGCAUCGCCUGGGCCUUCGGCGGCAUGAUCUUCAUCCUCGUCUACUGCACCGCCGGCAUCUCAGGUGGACACAUCAACCCUGCGGUGACGUUCGGGCUUUUCCUGGCCCGGAAGGUGUCUCUUAUUCGGGCCGUGGCGUACAUAGUGGCUCAGAGCUUGGGCGCCAUCUGCGGCGUGGGUUUGGUGAAGGCUUUCAUGAGAAGCUUCUACAACAGGCUCGGCGGCGGAGCUAACUCCGUUAACACAGGGUACAAUAACGGAACGGCGCUCGGAGCUGAAAUCAUCGGCACUUUUGUGCUCGUCUACACCGUCUUCUCCGCCACCGAUCCGAAGAGGAGCGCGCGUGACUCUCACGUGCCGGUUUUGGCGCCGCUGCCGAUCGGAUUUGCGGUUUUCAUGGUGCAUUUGGCGACGAUUCCGAUCACCGGAACCGGGAUUAAUCCGGCUAGGAGCUUUGGGGCGGCGGUGAUAUACAACAACGGGAAAGUGUGGGAUGAUCAUUGGAUAUUCUGGGUGGGGCCGAUGGUGGGAGCGGCGGCGGCAGCGGCGUACCACCAGUAUAUAUUGAGGGCCGCGGCGAUCAAGGCGUUGGGAUCGUUCAGGAGCAGCGCGACCAACUGAGGAGAAUAAUUGGAUUUGGAUUAAUGAUUAUUGUGUGUUUAAUUUAUUUGUUUAUCUAUUUGUUUGGAUUUGUGUGUGUAUUUGACUGUGAAUUCUCAACCUGUGUAUUAAUCAUUGAUCUAAGUAUUUUGUAAAUUAUGUAA